GAAGAUUCGGCUGGGCAAGGGAACGAGGGUCGAAUGAUGAUGAUGCGAGAAGUACAGCAGAGCGCGGCGUGCACGUUGACGUCGACGGUGUCACUACCACGGACAGAAGGACUCGCGACAUGUCCGUCGGAAGAGAUCAAAACAGAUAGUCCAGGUCCCUACCACAGUUUUCCGCUCUUGCCACGGCUACGUCACGACCACGAAGUCUCGCAUCGACAAAUCGACGGCGCAACGUUGGGGGUGUCGCGGGCUGGCCAAGGAGGAGCCGGCGCGUGCUCGUCGUCGUCGUCGCCGUCGGCGGGGUCUAUAUCGCGAGAUUGGCUGAUUAACAGUUGGCGAAGAUAGGUCCACGACGCUAUCUUCGCGCUAUCGUUGGCUAGACGCGAGACAAGAGGCGUUAGCAUAACAAACGCGCUAAAUCGCAUUACGACGCUUAUCGACGCAUCUACGAGAAAAAAAAAAGAAAAGAAACCGGGCCGCGCCCGCGAAUAUUUUAAAAAAUAUCAGCUAGCUAUUGGAGACGACUCUCCUCUCUUGUGUCAGAAAUAGCGCGACAGAUCGAUACUUUGAGAGAAAACAAAAUGUCUAAGAAAUAAAAAUGUUUAGUUCUGUGUGAAGAAGUUUCGAAGUUUUCCAACGAAUCUUCCCGUACCUAUCGACCACAUCGUGUGCGUCUCUUCAAAAUCAUAUUAUUCCUGUCAUCAGCCGUACUCGGAAUAGCUAUUCCUCCGGCUGGGAAUCAUUUCCUUACUCGCUGCCACGGAAUCGGUACGGAGAAUCAUGAAUCUUUCGUAAGGCGUAAAAAUUCCCGGAGUAUUUACGUACCGUACUACGUCUGAACGAGUCAAUACGGUCAAUAUGGUACGUUUAAUUAGAACGACACUCGAUAUGCGAUUCCAGAUUUAUGACGGAUUAUUUAUUUAUUCGUAUCAGCUCGGCUACGAUAGCUAUAUACGGCGCAGCGUGCUAUUUUUAGAAUUUGGACUUUGAAUUUCGUCUAGUCUUGCUUGAGAGAUAAUGAGCGUGAGUUCCGUCAGACACACGUUCAA